AUGGCAAAGGACAAAGACCGCACCCUCAACCCCGCCGCCGCCCAGCGCAAAGCCGAGAAACAAAAAGCGCUCAAGAAGGGCAAGCAGCAGGUCCAAGCGCAGCGCAAUGAGCGCCUCGCGAAGAAAAACCCCGCGCGGCUACAGCGCGAGAUCGAGGGACUCAAGGAGCUCGAGCAGAGCGGCGGGCUGAAGCCCAGAGACAAACAAACGCUCGAGGGCCUCGAGAAGGAGUUGAGGGCUGUGCAGAAGGCGCGGGAGGCGCUGGGGGAUGCGGCGCCGACGUUCUCGACCCGGCCGCCACGGCGGGAGGGCGAGGGUGAGGGCGAGGGCUUCCGCGGCGGCAGAGGAGGAGGAGGAGGAGGAGGAAGAGAGAGGGCCAUCCUCGGCAAACGGCGACGCGACGGCAGCCCCGUCGGUCGUGCGCACAGAGACGACAGUUCCGAGACCGACGAAGACGUGAGGAGCAUACCAAUGCCGCGCGACACGCCUCCGCCCCUCCCCGUCUCGGCCAGACAGCGGAGCAGGAAUCCGAACGAGGAACCGCUGGGCAGUGGCAGUGGAGCACGGGUGCCGCACGCCCUGCCUCCCAAACCCGUCGCCCAGACCGUCUACGCCUCCGCGCCCGUCGUGCGGGAUCUGAGGAAGGAGGCGGCGCGCUUCAUGCCGGCGGCUGUGGCGCAGAAGAUGAAGGCUGCGAAAGGGGAGGGGCGGUUGUUGGAGGCGGAGGAGCUGGAGAGGCUUGAGAGGGCGGGAUAUGGGGAUGCGAGGAGGGCGGGUGAGGAGGCGGAGAGGGAGAAGGGGGGUGGGAUGAUGGAUGCUGAGGUGGAGAUGGGGGAUGCGAAUUUGGCGGAGGAGGAGGCGGCGUUUGAGAGGGAGUUGAGGGAGGUGGAGGCUGAGAGUGGGAGUGUGGGUGUGGAGGGAGAAGGGGGAGGCGGCGGUGGAGGGAGAAGGGUGCAGGUGGAGGAUGUGGAGGACGAUGGUCUAUGA